CAUAAAUAUGGAAGAUAAUCCAGUGAACUCCUUAAAAAUGAGCAGAAUGAGCUCUGCGUUUACGUUGAAGUGAUGCAUACUAGCUUAUCUUUCUCAGUAGCCAUAAAAUUCAGGACAGAUAGUAGCAUAUCUGGUAUAGAAUGAUGGGUAGCUUGAUACGCAAGGAGUCGUUGCAAGGAUCCGGCAAUUGUAACUCGAGGUGGCGCUCCACAAGUCCGAGGCCAUGUGCUUUCAUGGCCGCGGGAACGCGCCACCUCCGGGUGGGUCCCAAAUAACGGCAGGAGGGGUUACCAUCGGCGUCGAGACGACGAUGAAGUACCUAGGACUCGUUCUCGACAGUCGAUGGAACUUCGUGGAGCAUUUCCGACGUUUGGCUCCUAAGUUGGAACGGACGGGGGCUGCGCUUAAGCGGCUCCUGCCCAACCUCGGGGGGCCAAAUGCCUGCUGCCGGAGGUUGUACGCGGGGAUCGUGCGGUCCAUGGCCCUCUACGGAGCCCCUGUGUGGGCGCCAAACCUAAUGCGGCGGCCAGCUCGGGCGCUGCUCACGUCCCAGAGGGUCAUGGCCAUUCGAGUGAUCCGCGGAUAUCGCACGAUCUCCGGAGAGGCGGCUAACCUCCUUGCCGGACUCCCGCCGUGGGAUUUGGAGGCGAAGGUGCUCGCGCGUGUCUUUAGUUUGCGCGCCGACGCGCGUCGCCGGGGCGAAACUCCACUGCCGCGCCAGAUUAGUGCGUGGCGGGAUGAGCUCCGGCGCGAUCUCAUGGCGGAAUGGCAGCAGCGACUGUCGCAACCGAAGGCUGGGCUCGCUGUCAUCGCAGCGGUAAGUCCCCUCUUUGUGGAGUGGCUAGAGAGGAGCCACGGCGUCCUCUCCUAUCGCCUGACACAGGUGCUUACCGGACAUGGGAGUUUCGGUAGGUUCCUAUAUCUGAUAGGGCGUGAGGAAACGCCCGAGUGUCAUCACUGCGAAGACCGCCCGGAGGAUACGGUGAAACAUACGCUUUCAGUCUGCCCUGUGUGGGCUGAGCACCGCCGUGUCCUCAGGGAUGUGGUCGGCGACGGCGCCCUCUCGCGCCCGGCACUGAUACAAGCCAUGGUGCGAAGCGCGGGGGACUGGGAUGCCGUCUCCUCCUUCUGCGAAGCAGUCAUGUUAGCUAAGGAGGAGGCGGGGUGCCUGAGGGAACGAACCUCACGCCCCAGCCGUCGCGAGAGACACUCCGGGCGUCGGGGAUCGCGCGAUGAUCUCCGGCCACCGUAAGUGCGGGUCUGCGGACGGCGAGUAGGGGUUGCUCGCCGCCCGACCAGAUCCAGACCCGUGCGUGCGGCGCGUCGCGUUCCGCGCGCGCCUCAAAGAGCCAUCAGACCACCACAGAUGGGGCCCAGUAGGGCUGAUGCCUGAUCCAGAGCUGCGGACUACCUAGCGGGUUUACCGGGGCUCUGGUUCGAAAAGCAGGAGUAGGAACGGGGUGGUUUUUAGUCAGUAAGAGUCUGACACUCCC